UCUUCGAAUUCGGCGUGAUUUUCUGUAAAGACUGUAAAGCACAACAUCGGCGCGUGGCUGGAGCAGUUAAUCGCGUCGCGGGGGUCGAGGCCAGCCUAGCCCAGACCACAUCACAUCAGCACCGGGCGGAUCGAGUUCCCAGUACACAUAGCGGCGCUGGAGACGCGGCCUGUGGAGUAGUCAUCGGCGCGCGCUAGAGUCUGAGAGGAGGGAAAGUCGGACCCUUCAUCGUCUCAUCAACACACGCAAUGACGGGUAACAUGGCGGCGAUAAGGCGGCAGGUCGGGAUGGACGUGUUUCUCGCCGUGUUAGUUUUGUUGCAGGUCGGACUGACGCUCACGGAGGAUACAGUACGGCAGGCCAGGGCGCCUCAGCCGUUCCCCGUGCCGGAGGACCCUAUCACCGUGACGCGGUCUCUCUGCAGCAACGUCAACAAACCGGGUCUACAGAACAGGACGGACGUGUACGAAUCCUCGGACGGAUCCGGAUCCGUGGUGUUCAACCAUAUUUACAACUUCCACGGCAAACCGUGCGAGGAUAACGCCGGAGUGAACGACGCCCUCAAGGCGCUGUUGGAGUCCGUGGACGCCAUGACCAGGUCGGCGCGCGGCCUUCGGCAGGACAUCCGCAAGGCUCGGAAGGACGCGACCUGCUGCGGCGGUCUGAAGGACGGGCCGGGAGAGUUGGGAACCGACAAAUGUUCAUCCUCACCGUCUCCAGAACCCAGCCCGACACCUGAAGGCUUCUUCCCGCGUGACUGUGCCCAGGUACUGAGACAUGGGAACGGGCAGGCUCCCAGCGGCGUCUACACGUUAUACCACGCAGACAAGUCCUUCAGGGCGUACUGCGACAUGGACACGGAGGGAGGCGGCUGGAUCGUCAUUCAGCGCAGGACUGACGGAAAACAACGUUUCUAUCGGAACUGGAAAGCCUACAAGAGAGGGUUUGGCAAACUGGAAAAGGAGUUCUGGCUAGGUAAUGACAUCAUCUACAAACUGACCAACUCCCAGGAUAACGAGCUCCGGAUCGACCUGGAGGAUUUCGAGGGGGAGAAAACCUACGCCAAGUACGAGAAGUUCCGCAUCGGCAACAUCGCCGACAACUUCCGGCUGGAGGAACUCGGCGACUACAGCGGCACUGCAGGGGACUCUCUUAUAUACCACCAGGGGAUGGAAUGGUCCACUAGAGAUGAGGACAACGACAACAGUUCGGAACAGUGCGCCGUAGUGAACUAUGGUGCGUGGUGGUACAACAGGUGUCGAGUGUCCAACCUGAACGGGCGCUACGGAGACAACACCAAGGAUGGCAUCAUCUGGAAGACGUGGAAGGGAGACGACUACUCCCUCAAGGCCACCGAGAUGAAAAUUAGACCGUUCUACUUCAAGUAACGUCCUGCAGUACCGUUUACUUGUGUAUAUGCACAUAGUACCCAUAGUUUUCGUUCAGGAGCUAUUUAAUAACCAGUACUAUAUUUCUACAAGCUUUUUUGCAUUGUUAUGAAGUUUCUCAUUCUUCAUGAUUGUAGAAAUGAAUCUAAUUUGUUGGGAAUAUGUCACGUAGCAGUACUGAAUAUCAAAGGAAAACCCGGAAAGAGUGGCCACUUUAGGAACCCCAUUUUAGGACAGAUUUCACAGGAAGUGAAAAUAUCUCGAUAGCUUUUCAAAUAAAAGUCCUUAUUGAGGCAUUACGAUGUGUAGGCAAGUGUGUACAUACUGUUUCGAGUAUGUUUCCACUUAUGCCAUAUUUAUCUCGUGUUCAUUUGUAUAUACAGUGUUCCAUGGAUACAGAGUCGGUUUUUUAAGCAGAACAUUAUAUCUCUGUACUUUUGCUUAUAUAAUAGUAGCAUUUAGUUAUCGUAUACUAGUACGUAGAGCUAUUUACAUCUAUAUUUGCGACUGAGCCCCGUCCUUACGUGACCUUAAAUUCGACAGGUGCCCAUGUGAGUGUCGUAUGAUAAAUCUGAGAAUUGAAUAGGAUUGUUAAAGUUUUGUGUUCGUAAUAGCCAGCUUAAAGUGUGUCCCAUUUCCUUAGUCUUUUCUGCGAUGUUCAGACGACAAUGCUGUAUUUAGAAGUUUAUGAUACAUGUAUAUGGUGCAAAACUGUGAUUUGGACACAUAGUUGUGUCUUGUUCAACAUCUUUCUUAAUAAAGACGACUGUACAAAAAUGUCUUAAAAUGCCUUAAAAUGUUACAUAGUGUACGUUUCCGCAUAUUUGAUAAAAGCUAGACAUUAUGUAUCUCACAUACCUCAGAACGUGAAUAUCAAGAAAAAGCUUGUACAUUAGUU